AUGGGCUUGGCUAGUGAUUUCGACGAUCGACAAGUACAUUUGCAGGCUGAGUUGGAGGCGUACAAGCCUUUUGAGUACCAGCAAGAUGGCAAUGGCUCAUGGGCCGGUGCCCUACCGGUGAAGCAGGGACUCUACGACCCUUCUUUGGAAAAGGAUGCGUGCGGUGUCGGUUUUGCCUGCAACAUCAAGGGCAAGCCAAGCCACAAGAUUGUCAGCGAUGCUCGUAAUCUGCUCUGCAACAUGACCCACCGAGGUGCUGUGGGCUCUGAUGCACGAGAUGGUGAUGGUGCUGGUGUCAUGACCUCAAUCCCAUUCAAGUUCUUCAUCAAGAAUUUCGAGCGUGAUGUCGGCAUCAAGCUUCCGCCUCCUGGCCAGUACGCCGUAGGCAACUUGUUCUUCAAUCCCGAUCCAGAGACCCUGCAGGAGCAGAAGCGGCAGUUGGAAGAUAUUGCCGAGUCACUGGGCCUGCGAGUUUUGGGGUGGCGAGAGCCUCCUGUGGAUUCAUCUCUGCUCGGACCUGCCGCCCUCAGCCGGCAGCCUACUAUUCUGCAACCCUUCGUUGUUCUCGCGUCUGCUUAUGGCGCCGGAAAUGCGCCGGAGCCGGCCGAUCUCGAGAAGUUCGACGAGCGUCAUUUUGAGAGACAGCUCUACGUCCUCCGGAAGCGGUCCACGCACACCAUUGGCCUGCACAACUGGUUCUACAUCUGCUCCCUAUCCAACAAGAACAUUGUGUACAAGGGUCAGUUGGCACCUGUCCAGGUCUACCAGUAUUACCAUGACCUGGUGAAUGCCGACUACGAGGCGCACUUCGCUCUGGUGCACUCACGAUUCUCCACCAAUACAUUUCCUUCUUGGGACCGAGCGCAGCCUUUGCGGUGGGCUGCUCACAACGGUGAAAUCAACACCCUCCGUGGCAACAAGAACUGGAUGAGGGCUCGUGAGGGUGUGAUGCAGUCGGACAUUUUUGCGGAUGAGUUGGAGAUGCUGUAUCCUAUUGUAGAGGACGGUGGCUCAGACUCCGCUGCUUUCGAUAAUGUCCUCGAGCUCCUCACCAUUAAUGGUGUGCUCUCUCUGCCAGAGGCUGUCAUGCUAAUGGUCCCCGAGGCAUGGCAGGGUAAUACCUCCAUGGACCCCAAGAAGGCCGCUUUCUACGAGUGGGCCGCUUGCCAGAUGGAGCCAUGGGAUGGCCCUGCUCUGUUCACCUUUGCUGAUGGCCGUUUCUGCGGCGCCAAUCUUGACCGAAAUGGUCUGAGACCCUGCCGAUACUAUGUCAUGGAUGAUGAUCGUAUCAUCUGUGCCUCCGAGGUUGGCACUAUCCACGUAGAGCCCGAGCGUGUCAUCCAGAAGGGCCGUCUGCAGCCGGGUCGCAUGCUGCUGGUCGACACAAAGGCCGGUCGCAUCAUUGAUGAUCGUGAGCUGAAAGAGGCCGUAUCCAGCCGACAAGACUUCCGCUCUUGGCUCGACAGCGAACUCAUCUCUAUGCCCACGGUCCUCAAUACGAUGUCGGCCGAUAAGAGUCUCGAGCUGGCUGCCAAGCCUGACACUCUUCCGCUGCAGGAAGAUCCUCUCCUUCUCGCCUUUGGCUACACCUUUGAGCAGGUCUCCCUGCUACUGGCUCCUAUGGCCUCUGACGAGAAGGAGGCUCUCGGCUCCAUGGGUAACGAUGCCCCUCUCGCAUGCCUGUCCCCGGCUCCGCGGAUGCUGUACGAGUACUUCCGACAGCUGUUUGCUCAGGUCACCAACCCUCCCAUCGAUCCUAUCAGAGAGUCUAUUGUCAUGUCUCUGGAAUGCUACGUUGGCCCUCAAGGAAACCUGUUGGAGAUGGACUCUUCGCAGUGCGGUCGUUUGCUCCUGCCGAGCCCCAUCCUGUCAAUCCCCGAGUUCAACGCGCUGAGGAACUUGUCGAAGAUCCACCCUGAGUGGACAGUCAAGGUCAUUGAUCUCACCUUCCCCAAGCAGGACGGCGUUGAGGGCUAUGUUCGACACCUCGACUUCAUCUGCAACGAAGCCACGGCCGCGAUUGAGGCGAAAGAUCGGAUCAUUAUCCUCUCGGACCGCAACACCUCGGCCGAUCGUGUUGCCGUCUCAGCUCUUUUGGCUUCUGGCAUGGUUCACCACCACCUGAUCAGCAACAAGUGGCGAUCAAUGGCUGCUAUUGUCCUCGAGACUGCUGAGGCUCGCGAGGUCCACCACAUGUGUGUCCUCCUCGGCUAUGGUGCUGAUGCGGUCAACCCUUACCUGGCCAUGGAGUGUAUCCUGAAGCUGAACCGGGAGAAGCUCAUCAAGAAGAACUUGUCCGAUGAGGCCCUCAUUCAGAACUACAAGCACUCCUGUGACGGUGGUAUUCUGAAGGUGAUGAGUAAGAUGGGCAUUUCCACGUUGGCUAGUUACAAGGGCGCGCAGAUCUUCGAGGCUCUGGGUGUGGACGAUACCGUUGUCGAACGGUGUUUCAGAGGCACCACGACCCGUAUCAAGGGUAUCACCUUCGAUCUUAUUGCCGAGGACGCCUUCAGGCUUCAUGAGCGUGGCUUCCCCUCUCGCUACACCGUUGGAGUCCCCGGCCUACCCGAGUCCGGCGAGUACCACUGGCGAGACGGUGGUGAGGCUCACAUCAACGACCCUACCUCCAUCGCCAACAUCCAAGACGCUGUUCGCAACAAGAAUGAUAAGUCGUACGAGACGUAUUCCAGAUCCGAGUACGAGCAGAUCAAGAAAUGCACGCUCAGAGGCAUGCUGGACUUCGACUUCGACGAGUCCAAGUCAAUCCCGAUCGACCAGGUCGAGCCCUGGACCGAGAUCGUCCGGCGUUUCUGCACAGGUGCCAUGUCCUAUGGCUCCAUCUCCAUGGAGUCUCAUUCUACUCUUGCCGUUGCGAUGAAUCGCCUUGGCGGAAAAUCCAACACCGGCGAGGGUGGUGAGGAUCCUGAGCGUUCCCAGGUCGACGAGAACGGAGACACUCGACGAUCCGCAAUUAAACAAGUGGCUAGCGGAAGAUUCGGUGUUACUUCUGCGUAUUUGUGCGAUUCUGACGAGCUCCAGAUCAAGAUGGCCCAGGGCGCCAAACCCGGUGAAGGAGGCGAGCUGCCCGGUCACAAGGUCAGCAAGAGUAUUGCUCGUACACGUCACUCAACACCAGGUGUCGGUCUGAUUUCUCCACCGCCUCACCACGACAUCUACUCCAUCGAGGAUCUGAAGCAGCUCAUCUAUGACCUCAAGUGCUCCAGCCCACGAUCUCGUGUCUCCGUCAAGCUUGUCUCCGAGGCUGGUGUUGGCAUCGUCGCUGCUGGUGUCGCCAAGGCUAAGGCCGAUCACAUUCUCAUCUCUGGCCAUGAUGGUGGUACCGGUGCCUCUCGUUGGACUGGUAUCAAGUACGCUGGUCUGCCCUGGGAGCUGGGUCUUGCCGAGACUCAUCAGACUCUCGUCCUGAAUGAUCUCCGUGGCCGUGUCGUUGUUCAGACAGACGGUCAGCUCAGAACAGGAAGGGACGUUGCAGUAGCGUGCUUGCUAGGCGCUGAGGAAUGGGGUUUUGCUACCACUCCUCUGAUCGCAAUGGGCUGUAUCAUGAUGCGGAAGUGCCACUUGAACUCCUGCCCCGUGGGAAUCGCCACCCAAGACCCUGUUCUGCGUGCCAAGUUCAAGGGAACUCCCGAGGAGGUCGUCAACUUCUUCUACUAUGUUGCCAACGAGCUGCGGGCGAUCAUGGCGCAGCUUGGCUUCAGAACUGUCAACGAGAUGGUUGGUCGUGUGGAGUGUCUCAAGGUCCGAGACGACCUCAGGACCCGCAAGACGGAGAACAUUGACCUGUCUCUCCUGCUCACCCCCGCCCACAAGAUGCGUACCGGUGUGGCCACAUUCAACGUUCGCAAGCAAGACCACCGCCUCUAUGUCCGCCUAGACAACAAGCUCAUCUCCGAGGCGGAGCUCACGCUGGACAAGGGUUUGCCGAGCCGUAUCGAGUGUGAUAUCAUCAACACGGAUCGUGCUAUGGGUACAUCUCUCUCUUACCAGAUCUCGAAGCGUUACGGAGAGGCUGGUCUUCCGGCCGACACUGUUCACGUCUCCAUCAAGGGAUCUGCGGGUCAAUCAUUCGGCGCAUUUUUGGCUCCUGGCGUGACACUUGAGCUGGAGGGCGAUGCCAACGACUAUGUCGGCAAGGGUCUCAGCGGUGGCAGGGUCAUCAUCUAUCCUCCCCGCUCCGCCGUAUUCAAGGCUGAGGAGAACAUCCUCGUCGGCAACGUCUGUCUCUACGGUGCCACGGCUGGCCACUGUUACUUCCGUGGUGUUGCCGCCGAGCGUUUCGCCGUCCGGAACUCGGGAGCCCAUGCCGUCGUCGAAGGUGUCGGCGACCACGGCUGCGAGUACAUGACCGGAGGUCGUAUCAUCAUUCUUGGUAGCACGGGCCGAAACUUCGCCGCAGGCAUGUCGGGUGGUAUCGCGUACGUCCUUGACAAGGACCACGACUUCAUGUCUAAGCUCAAUACCGAAAUGGUGGAGGCUUGCAGCAUUGAUGACCCCCAGGAGAUUGCCUUUGUCCGUGGCAUGAUUGAGGAUCACCACCAUUACACGGGCUCCGAGCUGGCUGCCCGCAUUCUGGUUGACUUCAACCGCAUUCUGCCUCGUUUUGUCAAGGUUCUACCUGUUGACUAUAAGCGAGUCCUCCAGGAGGAGGCUGCCAAGGCUGCCGAGGCCAAGAAGGCUGAGCUCAACCUGCCUAUUCUCCCGAAGAAGGAGGACAAGAAGAAGGCUUCCCCGCUCCAGGACAUGGAGGAGGCAAUGGGCGACGAGAAGGCUGAGAAGCGGAGAAAAGCGCUCGUCCUCGACAAGACCAAGGGCUUCAUGAAGUACCACCGGCGUGCCGAGAAGUACCGUGAUGCCAAGACGCGUGUCAAGGAUUGGGCCGAGCUCUCCUCCCGACUGGACGAGGAUGAGCUGAAGUAUCAGUCCGCUCGCUGCAUGGACUGCGGUGUCCCCUUCUGCCAGUCUGAUACUGGCUGUCCCAUCUCGAACAUCAUUCCCAAGUGGAACGAACUGGUCUUCCAAAACCAGUGGCAGGAUGCUCUCAACCGUCUGCUCAUGACCAACAACUUCCCCGAGUUCACUGGUCGUGUCUGCCCCGCCCCUUGCGAGGGAGCCUGCGUCCUGGGCAUCAACGAGGACCCUGUCGGCAUCAAGUCCAUCGAGUGCGCCAUUAUUGACAGGGGCUUUGAGAUGGGCUGGAUGGUCCCGCGCCCUCCCAAGGUCCGCACUGGCAAGAAGGUCGCUAUCAUCGGCUCUGGACCUGCCGGCCUGGCAGCCGCCGACCAGCUCAACAGGGCUGGACACCUCGUCACGCUGUAUGAGCGUAACGACCGCCUGGGAGGUCUGCUCAUGUAUGGUAUUCCAAACAUGAAGCUCGACAAGCGCGUUGUCAAGCGUCGAACCGACUUCAUGGCCGAGGAGGGUAUCGUGUUCAAGACCGGUGUUGCCAUUGGCGAGGAUAUCACGAUUCACGACCUCAAAGCUCAGAACGACGCUGUCAUCGUCGCCACCGGAGCCACGGUCGCGCGAGAUCUCCCCAUCGAGGGCCGCAACCUCGAGGGUAUCCACUUUGCCAUGGAGUUCCUCCACAAGAACACCAAGUCCUUGCUGGACUCUGAGCUUCAGGAUGGCACUUAUCUCUCUGCCAAGGACAAGCACGUCGUUGUCAUUGGUGGUGGUGACACCGGUAAUGACUGUAUCGGUACCUCCGUCCGUCACGGGGCGAAAUCCGUUGUCAACUUCGAGCUGCUCCCGCAGCCGCCCGAGACCCGUGCCCGUGACAACCCUUGGCCACAGUGGCCUCGCAUCUACCGCGUGGACUACGGUCAUACAGAGGUGCGACAGCACACUGGCAAGGAUCCACGUGAGUACAACAUCAAGUCGGCGCGCUUUGUCGACGAUGGUAAUGGGCGUGUCAAGGGCAUCGAGACGAUGCGCGUCGAGUGGGUCAAGAAUGAGCAGGGCGGCUGGGUCGUCCAGGACAAGGAGGGCUCCGAGGAGUUCUUCCCUGCCGACAUGGUCCUGCUCUCCAUGGGCUUCUUGGGACCCGAGCAGCGCGUGUUCGCCGACGCCAUCGAGCUUGAUCAGAGGAAGAACAUCAAGACACCUCAGGGCAAAUACCACACCAACAUCCCAGGUGUGUUUGCGGCCGGUGAUUGCCGUCGCGGACAGUCGUUGAUUGUCUGGGGUAUCAACGAAGGUCGCCAGGCCGCUCGCGAGGUCGACCUGUACCUGGAGCACAGCACCAACCUGCCUGUGACGGGUGGUAUUGUCCGACGCAGCGCCCAGGAGGUUAUGCACACUAUCACCCCUGUGGCUGCCUCCUAAACCAGGUACCCAUAUUUUUACGAUUGUACGAUUCUCUUCCUGCAUGCAUGGUGCUUUCUUUGAUCGGGCCAUUUCACAUCAAGGCGGAGUGCGGGGCAAAAGAGAAAAGAAAGGGGAUAAAAAAGAUUAAGGCCAAUUUCGGACGGGUUGACACAGCAGGCAUACCAUGAUCAAGAAGAAUGGGAGCGGAAACUUUUUGACUUCGUUUCUUUCGUUUUGAUACCUAAAAAUUCUGUGGGAAACGUGUGCGCGGAUCGGCCUUCUGUCGUGGUUUUUCUUUCCUUUUUUUUAUUUAUAUAAUUCAAGAAAUUGCUUUCCACUUGCUUGUUUUCAGCUCUUCUCUUUUUAUCUCAUGCGUGUACUUGUAUUUGUUAUUUAACAGUCUUAGGUUGAAAAAAAAAAAAUAUUUGAAAUAUCAAUUAAGUAG